UAUAUAUUGUCGAUUUUUUUUAAUAGCAUGAUGCAUGAAAAUGUCAACAUGUUUUAAGAAAUUUAAUACCUUUGGUUAACACCCUAAUACGGUUCUAAUCUUCCCUGUUCGUUCAUCAGAGUUGAACGGUGGAAGAUCAAGUGGGAAGGAAGGAAAGAAAAGGAAGAAAAGAGAUAAAGAAUUCGUUGAAUUCUCACCUGUGCCUUUCUCCAUCGAUCUUUCUUCUUAUUCUUCUUCUUCAUGUGUUGAAAUCGACCACGGCUUCUGAGAUAUUCCCGAGAAAAUUCUCUCUCCUGAAGGAAAAAGAGGGGUGAGUAGUGCUGCAAAUAAUGGACAGAUUGGUGAAGCCUGAUGUGAAGGAAGUGGAGCUUUCGUUUACCAGAGGAGAGAACUGCAGCGCCACUUUCACGCUCGCCAAUUUGAUGCACACCAUGUCUGUUGCAGUCAGUUUAACGUCUUCGAAUCCUUCUGUUUUCUCGUUUUCCCAAUCUUUCUCCGUAAUUCCUCCGCUUUCUUCUUCUUCUUACACCGUUUCUUGCAAAUCCGCCGAUCAUCCCCCUCUCAGUACUCCGCCGGAUAAAAUCUCCGUCCGAUCCGCCAUGCUUCCGAUCGGAAAAGCUCACUCCGACGACCUCCGCCGCCUGUUUGCCAGGCCUGGACGCCACGUUUUCAAGGACGCUUCGUUGCUCGUCUCCUUCGUCGGUCCGGAUGUCGUCGGAUUCCUAAUUUCGCACCAUAAUCGAGUUCCGGAGUUGAGUUUUCUUCUGAACAAAGCGAUUUCUGGAUGCACGAAGUCUCAGCUUACGGCGUUGAUGAAGCCGGCUAUUUCGUCCGGGAAAUUAGGUUUGGUUUCUGCUCUAAUUGACGCCGGAGUCGUUGUCAAUGUCAAGGAUUCUCCCGGAAAGUCAAUGAUGUCGCUGGCUGUGGGGACAGGGAAGAUCGAAAUCGUUAAGCGAUUGAUUGAUUCGGGCUGUGAAAUCGAUUUCUCUGUGGAUUUGGUUCUACACACAGCGGCAGCGAUGAACCGCGUGGAUUUGAUAGAGAUUCUCCGCGGAAAAUUUUCAGGAUUACCAGUGAAUUCCGUCGAUUCCGACGGCCGUACUCCGAUCCACAUCGCGGCGGCUCGUGGUCACGUGGAGGUCAUACGAUUCUGCGUUUCGAUCGGCGGAGAUCCCGAGGCGGCGGAUCGGAACCGGUGGACUCCGCUACAUUGCGCCGCGGCGGAGGGACAUCUCGAAGCCGUGGAUUACCUCCUCGGGUGCUCAAACGUCAAAUACGCGGUGAACACGGAGGGAAGGACAGCUUUCGCACUCGCAUCGGAGAACGGACACUCAGAUCUGUUCGAUUCGCUGAGAUUGGGCGACGCAUUGCACCGGACGGCGAGAGCCGGCGACGUUCGAGGACUGAGAAGCUGCGUAGCGGCGGGAGCGAAGGUGAACGGGAAGGACCAGAACGGGUGGACGGCUCUGCACAGGGCGGCGUUCAAAGGCAGAGUGGAAUGCGUGAAGGCGCUGCUGGAGAACGGAGCGGAGGCGGACGCCGUCGACGACGCCGGCUACACGCCGCUGCGGUGCGCCGUGGAGGCAGGGCAGGAGGAGGUGGCUCGGCUACUGCUCGCCAAUGGAGCGAAUGCGAAACCAAGAUUUGAUUGUCUCCGGCAGACAGAUUUCGUCUGUGUGCUGUGGGAAAUAAGAAAUUUGAGAAAAUGAAGAAGAUGAAGAAGAAGAAGAAGAAGGCUCUUCUGGAAUCUGAAUCUCUGUGUUUCUCCAUUUUUGUUCUGCAAUCUGUAAAUAGUUUUCUGUGAGUCUUCCAGUUGUUCCUCUGUGGAUUUGAGGAGAACGAGAAGCGAUUGAAUUGGAUUUCUAGAGGAUUUCCUUGAACAGAAUAUGGGAUUGAUCGAAUCGUUCUAAAAAUUUUGAAUGAGUUCGUCGUUUGAGACUAACCCAUGAGAGUUAAUUGGGUUUGUUCGAUCUUUAAAUUUUAAAAUUUGUUUGGUUGAAUUAUAGUUUGGAUUGGUAGA